CGCGCAUGUCAGGAUCGCUGCAGAGAUCCUGCUGCUUGCCUCGGCUCUCACGAUCAAAUCGUGAGGAUGGUGCUGUCGGCCAGCGGCUCCGGGCGCCUCGUUCUCUGGGUUUAAAGCAGAUGUCGGCAGCCGGCGAACUUGCGCGCAAACGAGCGGAACUCCAGGGGACAGGGCUGCUGUCUGUGGGGGGGGGGGGAAAGGCGACGCUGUCGGGCCAAGGACGACGUUAACAUUAUUACUGAUGGAAUUCCCAGUCGAUGCUAGAUGGAGAAACCGAAAGGGUGGACUCGUCAUAAAUAAUUAAAAGGACCCCCAUCUGCUGCUGAGAUAUCAGGAAAAAAUGCAUCUGCACCAGGUGCUGACGGGAGCCGUCAACCCCGGAGAUUGCUGCUACUCUGUGGGAAGCGUGAAUGACAUCCCCUUCACGGCCUACGGCUCAGGAUGCGAUGUAGUUAUCUUGGCUAGUGACUUUGACUGUGUUCAGAUCAUCCCGGGAGCUCAGAAUGGGAACAUACAGGUGGGCUGUGUGGAGUGCUCCCACCAGCUUGGCAGGAUCGCUGCUUCUUAUGGAAACACAGUCUGCAUCUUCGAACCGCUUUCUAUCAAUCCAAAUAAACGCCACAAGCAACUUAAUUAUCAGUGGCAAAAGACAGGACAGUUCUUUCUUGAUGCCAUCACCUACAACCUGGCCUGGGACCCACAAGGGAACCGUAUCCUGGCAGCAACCGAGCGACUCCAGCUUUGGGCUCCUCCACUGACAGAUGCCCUAAUAGAAGAGGAGGAUGGGCAGAUGAUGGAGGACAAACCCCACCCUGUCCUCAGUGACUGGAACUGUGUCUGGCAGUGCAAGACCGCUGCGUCUAUUCACAUCGCCAAGUGGUCUCCUGAUGGGGAAUACUUUGCAACAGUUGGGAAGGAUGACUGUUUACUCAAGGUGUGGUAUCCCACCACUGGCUGGCGCUCAGCAGUGGUGGUCCAGGACCUGUCCGAUAAAAAGUGUCCACCUGUUCACUUCUCCUUUGUUUACUUGGCCCACCCUCGCUCGGUUACGGGUAUGUCUUGGAGGAAGACCAGCAAAUACAUGCCCAAGGGAACCGUGUGCAAUGUUUUGCUCACAUCCUGCGAGGACGGCGUGUGUAGGUUAUGGUCAGAAACCCUAUUACCAGAAGAUAGUCUGCUCGGUGGGCAGAUCACUGAGAACACUCACACCUUCAGCUCCAGCCUCCCAGGCCUGGCAGGAAAUAAGGACAAGAUCCAGCAUGCUUUAGAGUCGAUCCACCACCUGAAACAGCUGCGGCGCGGUCGACGGCGGUCCUCUGCUCUGGUGGCACACAGUGAGCUGCUGCCCUCUCAGCUGGGCACACAGGACGCUCAUACCCAUCGCCACAUUGCUCACCAUGCCAACGCCCUGUGUCACUUCCACAUCUCCGCCAGUAUUAACCCAAACACAGAUAUCCCGUCAGCGCUGGCUGACUCCUCAGUUUUCAACCCUGAAGACGGCACCGGUGGCGGAGGCUUUGUUGUACACUGGCUGAACAACAAAGACCUCAGUUUCACUUCGUCGAUGGACCUUUUCAUGACGCAGCUCCGUAAGUUCUCUGAGCAGCACCUGGACCCGACUACCGAGGAACCUCUUGAUCCUGAGGGCUCCCCCAUGAAGUUCGAUUUUGACCUGGAUGAGAUGUCUGACAAAGCGUCCUCGGAGCACGGAGAAGAGGCCGACUCAGGGGAACAAGGAAGCACCAAGGCGUCCUCCCCUGGAUCCAGCUCCAGCAUGCCUUUACCGUCCAUGCUGCUGGAAAGGAAGAUGGAGACCCUGGCCAUAGAGUGGAACAAGAGCCCAGACAUGUUGUUCACAAUACAUCCCACAGACGGUUCCUUCUUGGUUUGGCAUGUGAAGUACUUGGAUGAAUUCAACCAGGGAAUUUUCAGACAAGUUCAGGUCUCGUUCUCCUCGCGCAUUCCAGUAGCGUUUCCUACAGGUGACGCCAACUCCCUGAGUAAAAACAUCCUGAUGUACGCCUGCACUCUGACCGAGGGGGAGAGCGCCGGGACGGGCGAGCAGGGAAGAAUGGUCCAGCGAAUGUCGCGCUCGGCUUCGAUAUCCACCGGCAUGGGCUCCACCGCCGUGUCCCCCUCACCAAAACUUCGCCCGGGCAUUAGCCCCGCUGUCAUGAUGAUCUCGAAGCACGUCGACGGAUCUCUCAACCAGUGGGCGGUGACAUUUGCUGAGCGCUCUGGCUUCUCCAACGUCCUGACUGUAUCUCACAAGAUUCGGUACUGCGGACACCGUUUCCACCUGAACGACCAGGCGUGUCACACGGUGCUGCCGCUGCUGCUCACCUCCUCCCACCACAACGCCUUGCUCACCCCUCCCUCGGCCCCCGGCAGUUUGGAAGGGGAGCAGCUGAUGUCCUUUCCUCCGCCAAAAGGACUUCCCAGGAAGCAGCUUCGCAAUGCAGCCACAAGGACUUUUCACGACCCAAACGCCAUUUACAGUGAGCUGAUUUUGUGGAGAGUGGACCACAUCGGACCCCUGUCCUGCACUGGAGGGGUCUCUGAACUGGCCCGUAUCAACUCGCUGCACACGUCCGCCUUCAGCAAUGUUGCAUGGCUGCCUACACUGGUACCCAGCACUGUGCUUGGAACCUACUGUAACAGUGCCAGUGCCUGCUUUGUGGCAUCGGAUGGUAAAAACCUGCGCCUCUAUCAAGCUGUUGUGGAUGCCAGAAAGCUCCUGGAUGAGCUGUCUGACCCUGAAACAUCUAAACUGGUGGGCGAGGUGUUCAACAUCGUCAGUCAGCAGUCCACUGCCAGACCUGGCUGUAUCAUUGAGUUGGACGUCAUUACAAACCAGUGUGGCUCCAACACCCAGCUGCUGCAUGUCUUCCAAGAGGAUUUCAUUCUAGGUUACAAACCUCAGGAAGAAUCGGAGGCAUACACACCAGCUUUUUCAGCUGGAGAAGAUUACCAACCUGCCCCGUUUUCUGAGAAAUUCUUCUUGGUGGUGAUAGAAAAGGAUCUAAACGGGAACUCCGUCCUGCAGAUGUGGCACCUGCACCUCCAGUCUGUGCAGGCCUGCGUUGAUGAGCCCAGCCAACAGUUUAGCUUCCAGGGCCAGCUCAUGGUCCCCAAUCAGAUGGUGAAUGCGGACUCUUCCCCGGAGACCUCUCCAAUCAGACCCCUGCCACGAUCCGCUUCCUCAGCCAACCUGCAAUCAGCCAGCAAACUUAUCCUCAGUUCCAAGCUGGUGUACAGCAAGCGGCUGGACUUACCGCAUGGGGUGGAGGUUACCAGGGCAACACCGUCUGCAGGCCAUCUGAGCUCCUCCUCCAUCUACCCCGUGUGUCUGGCUCCGUACCUGAUCGUGACCACCUGCUCGGAUUCUCACGUGCGCUUCUGGCGCUGCGCUGUGGAGGGCGAGGAUGGCGGCGACGUGGACAGCCGGGUGUACCGCUGGGAACCGUGGGCGCUCAUGAACGAGGAGGAUGACAACAACAGCGCCGUGUGCGUGUCGGGACGGCCCGUCGCCGUUUCCUGCUCCUACAUCGGCAGGCUAGCCGUGGCCUUUAAGCAACCACGGCAAGGGCUGCUGCGCAAUCCUGUCGAAGACUUCUCGAUGCACGUCUCCAUCUAUGAGUGUGAAUCCACCGGUGGCUCUGAGUGGGUCUUAGAGCAAACGGUCCACCUUGACGACUUCGUCAGACCCUCUUCAACGCUGGAUCCACGAGUCAGCGUCGACUCCAACCUUUUUGUCUACAGCAGGUCCGAUUUGUACAUGAGCAGAGACCACAGCUCGCCCAAUAUUAAGCAUUUCAUCCACCUGGACUGGCUGUCAAAGGAGGAUGGCUCCCACAUCCUCACAGUAGGGGUCGGCUCUAACAUCCUGAUGUACGGCCGCAUAUCCGGCAUGGUCAAUGAGCAGACCAGCAGCAAGGAGGGGGUAGCUGUAAUCACCCUUCCUCUAGGGGGCAGUAUCAAACAGGGGAUCCGUUCGCGCUGGAUCCUGCUUCGCUCCAUUGACCUCCUGUCGUCCGUGGACGGUACCCCGUCGCUGCCGGUCUCCUUGUCCUGGGUGAGGGACGGCAUCCUGGUGGUGGGUAUGGACUGUGAAAUGCACGUGUACGCCCAGUGGCACCAGGACAAGAAGCCCGGCGAAGGAGAAGAGGGCAACCUGUCAUCGGCAGACAUCGCUGGAGGUCAGACCACAGUUACCCCCUCGGUCUUUGAAGGGAGAGCCAGGUCCAAGAGCGUGUUUGAAGGCAGCACCGGAGUGGACGAAGCCCUCCGUGCGCCUGCGGGACUACAGGAAGGUGGACUGUUCGAGGCAGCCCAUUCUCUCUCGCCCACGCUGCCGCAGUACCACCCAACUCAGCUGCUGGAGCUCAUGGACCUGGGCAAGGUUCGACGGGCCAAGGCCAUUCUUGCACAUCUGGUAAAGUGUAUAGCCGGAGAGGUCGCUGUGGUCCGGGACGUGGAGGCGGGUGAAGGCGGAUCCAGGAGGCAUCUCUCGCGAACGAUCAGCGUGACGGGCAGCACAGCGAAGGACACAAUCGUGGCAGGCCGGGACGGAGGAAGGGAUUACACGGAGAUCAACUCCAUCCCUCCUCUGCCGCUCUACGCCUUGAUGUUGGCCGACCUGGACCCCUCAUUCAAGGGAGCGGAAGAAAGCGCUAAAGCCACUAAGGCUGUUGACGGCGAUGGACCCCAAAAAUCCACAGAAGACCAGUAUGCUGACCUCUUCCAGGUGUCAACCGUUACUACAGAUGACUUUGUGAACUUCGCUACUGAUAAACCAGAGAGGAAAUCUCGAGUUAUCAACCUUUCUCAGUAUGGACCCUCUUACUUUGGACCAGAGCAUGCUCAGGUAUUGUCCAGUCACCUGAUGCACUCCAGCCUCCCGGGACUGACGCGGCUGGAGCAGAUGUUCUUGGUGGCCUUGGCAGAUACGAUCGCCACCACGAGUGCUGAAGUUGCGAGCUCCGCUGAUCAACAGUACACAGGUGGAGAGGCUCUGGAUGAGUGUGGACUGAGGUACCUGCUCGCCAUGCGUCUUCAUACCUGCCUGCUCACGUCGCUGCCUCCACUUUACCGUAUGCAGCUGCUUCACCAAGGCCUUUCCACAUGCCACUUUGCUUGGGCCUUCCACUCGGAGGCAGAGGAGGAGCUGCUGAACAUGAUUCCUGCCAUGCAGAGAGGCGACCCUCAGUGGUCUGAGCUGAGAGCCGUUGGGGUGGGGUGGUGGAUACGAAACAUCAACACCCUGCGCAAGAUGGUGGAGAAGCUGGGUAAAGCUGCGUUCCAGAGGAACAACGACCCUUUGGACGCUGCUCUGUUCUACUUGGCCAUGAAGAAAAAAGCUGUUCUGUGGGGUCUCUUCAGGUCUCAGCAUGAGGAGAAGAUGACUCAGUUCUUCAAAAACAACUUCACCGAGGACCGCUGGCGAAAGGCGGCUCUCAAAAACGCCUUCUCCCUGCUGGGAAAGCAGCGCUUUGAACAGUCUGCUGCUUUUUUCCUGUUAGCUGGCUCUCUUAAAGAUGCCAUAGAGGUGUUGAUGGAAAAGAUGGAGGAUCUCCAGUUAGCCAUGAUAGUAGCGAGGCUGUAUGAAGCGGACUUUGAGAAUUCGUCCACCUGCCAAGGCCUCCUCUACGAGAAGGUCCUGGGCUGUAACAGGGACGGGAGCGGCUAUCACUGUUCCAGACUGCACCCGGACCCUUUCCUUCGCAGCAUAGCCUACUGGAUCAUGAAAGAUUACACCCAGGCCCUGGACACGCUCUUGGAGAGAAACCCCAAAGAGGAGGAGAAUCCGGGUGAGCAGAAAAUAAACUUAUUGGCCUUGAUCAUUGUUUCCGUUCUACGUUUUGCCUUCUUUUCUUCAUCUCCCCGGUGCUUUCCCUCUUGUGCGUCAGAUGUGAUGGUGAAAUCCUGCAACCCUGUGGUGUUCAGCUUCUAUAACUACCUGAGGACACAUCCUUUGAUCAUCCGUCGGCACUAUGCAAACCCAGAGGGCACUGCAGCAUCCGUGGGUCUCACCGCUGAUAAGAGCAGUGCAGAUGAGAUCAACCUCAUAGAGCGCAAGCUGUUCUUCACUACUGCCAAUGCACACUUCAAGGUGGGCUGCCCAGUUUUGGCUCUGGAAGUGCUCUCCAAGAUUCCCAAAGUAAGCAGGAAAUCUGGCUCCUUACCCCUCAGCAAAGCUCCUUCGAAGGCAAAUGUAAAUGCGAGCCAACCUUUAGAAAACGGCACCCAAGGAGCUGUGGACUGGGGCUCCUUCACAACGCCGGCUCAGGCCUGGGGAGCGAACGACGCCGUUGGCGAGCUGGACUGGAGCCAGCCCCUCGUCAAGCUGGACGAAGACGAACUGAAGCUCGACUGGACGGAUGACAGGGACGAUGAGGAAGACGAGGAUGAAGAUGGUUUGACCAUGAAGAAGCCAGAGAUUGAGGACAAAGGCGCAAAGGUUGACGGUCCCAAACUGCAAAGAGAAGACUCACAGGGUGAGUCAGAAGUGGACGUGAUCGCAGAGCAGCUGAAGUUUCGCGCCUGUCUGAAGAUCCUGAUGACCGAGCUGCGAACGCUGGCCACUGGCUUCGAGGUAGACGGAGGGAAGCUCCGCUUUCAGCUCUACAGCUGGUUGGAGAAGGAGAUCGCAGCGAUGCACAAGAUCUGUAACUACAAGGUGGAGGGGAAAGAGGAAGGACCAGAGGUAGAGAGAGAUCGCACGGCUUCUGUGGACAUUUCCGACGAGGCACUGGAGAAUAUGGAGGCCGGGGCUUACGAGCGUCACCAGAUGGAGCGGCGGCGUCUUCAGGCCAAGCAGCAGCAUUCUGAGAGGCGCAAGGCGUGGCUGAGGAAGAACCAGGCCCUGCUGAGGGUGUUCCUGUCCUACUGCAGCCUGCAUGGCGCCAAGGGAGGAGGGGUCACCUCUGUUCGUAUGGAGCUUCUCUUUCUUCUGCAAGAGAGCCAGCAGGAGACCACGGUGAAGCAAUUGCAGUCUCCUCUGCCUCUUCCUACUACUCUGCCGCUGCUGUCAGCGUGCAUCGCCCCCACCAAGACAGUCAUAGCCAACCCCGUUCUCCACCUCAGCAACCACAUACACGACAUCCUCUACACCAUCACAAUGAUGGAGGCCCCGCCGCAUCCCGACAUCAUUGACGAUCGGGUUAGCGCUCUUCACACGCUGGCCGCGUCUCUGUCUGCUUGCGUCUACCAAGCCCUGUGUGACAGUCACAGUUACAGCAGUCAAACAGAAGCCAACCAGUUUACAGGGAUGGUGUACCAGGGGCUGCUGCUAAGCGAAAGGAAGCGGCUUCGCACAGAAAGCAUCGAAGAACACGUUACUCCGAACUCUGCGCCUGCACAGUGGCCAGGUGUGUCGUCCCUGAUUUCUCUGUUGACGUCUGCGAGGGAGGAGGACCAGCCGCGCCUCAGCGUCCUGCUGUGCGAGGCGGUCGUGGCCGUUUACCUCUCGCUGCUCAUCCACGGCCUGGGCACCCACAACAGCAACGAGCUCUUCCGCCUGGCGGCACAUCCCCUCAACAACCGCAUGUGGGCUGCCGUCUUUGGGGGAGGAGCUAAGGUCAUAAUUAAGCCAAAGAGGCCCGAGCUCCCGCCAGUGCCAGCUGCGUUUGAGGCAGCCAGUCCAGAGGAGUCUCAAGAGACAGGAAGAGCCGAGCAGAGCAGCCUCCCCCCAAACCCCACUCCCAUCCCCACUGAAACCCAGCGCCUCAAACGACCCCCUCCUCCUGUUUCAAGGGGAGAGGGGCUGGGCACUGUGGCCCCAGCAACUAAGGCCGGCUCGACACCCCCUCAGCCCCCUGCCGAGGACGUGGAUCGCUACAGGCGCAGAUUCAACAUGAGGAUGCUGGUCCCUGGGCGGCCGGUGAAAGAGACCCCGGCCACCCCACCCCCUGUGCCUGCGGAGAGACCCGCCUACAGAGAGAAGUUUAUUCCCCCCGAGCUGAGCAUGUGGGACUACUUUGUAGCUAAACCUUUCCUCCCGCUCUCAGAGAGCAGCGCUUUGUAUGAUUCAGACGAAAGCGGCGCCGAGGACGAUGAAGAUGACGACGAUGCCUUCCUCUCUGACACACAGAUGACGGAGCAUUCUGACUCCAACUCCUACAGCUGGUCUCUGAUCCGUUUGGUUAUGGUCAAACUGGCUCAUCACAAUGUCAAGAACUUUAUCCCUCUCACUGGCCUUGACUUCACAGAUCUACCAGUUACUUCCCCUCUCAGCAACGCUGUGUUGAAGACCUUAGAGACCUGGGAGCAACUUUUACUGGAGCGGAUGAACAAGUUUGAAGGUCCGCCUCCCAAUUACAUCAACACCUUCCCCACGGACCUGAGCGCAGGAGCCGGCCCUGCCAUACUGCGGCACAAGGCCAUGCUGGAGCCAGACAACACGCCGUUCAGGACAAAGAACCAUCAGUCCUUCCCAGUUCGACGUCUUUGGCAUUUCCUUGUCAAACAAGACAUUCUGCAGGAAGCUUUGAUCCGUUACAUCUUUACCAAGAAAAGGAAGCAGAGUGAGUCUUUAGAGAACCAUGUGGACCAUAUAAACUGCAUAGCCGGAGCUAGCAGUCCCUAUAAGGUAGAGGCAGAUCUGGGCUACCCUGGAGGAAAGGCUAAAAUCAUUCACAAGGAGUCUGACAUAAUUAUGGCAUUUGCCAUCAACUGGGCUAAUCCCAACGAGAUCGUGUUGGCAUCCACCCAUGACGUCCAGGAGGUGGAUGUCUCCACUCUAGUGGCUGUCCAGCCCUACACCUGGAUCGGAGAUGACUUUGAUAAGGAAUCCCGAAGCUCUGACGACAUCGACCAUCGUUCCUCUCACACAAACAUCGCCCAGGCGAGCACCGUGUCCUUCGCACCGCCUCCGAUGCCGGUCUCGGCGUCCAUGCCGUGGCUCGGCAGUGGUCAGACCAGCAUGGGAGCCAGCGUGAUUAUGAAACGAAAUCUAAAUAACGUGAAGAGAAUGACAUCACACCCAAUAUAUCAGUAUUACAUGACGGGGGCUCAGGACGGCAGCGUGCGAAUGUUUGAGUGGAAUCGACCGCAGCAGCUCAUCUGCUUCAGACAAGCGGGCAACGCUCGCAUCACCCGCCUCUACUUCAACUCCCAAGGCAACAAGUGCGGAGUUGCUGAUGGCGAGGGUUUCCUCAGUCUCUGGCAGGUCAACCAGACAUCCUCCAACCCCAAACCUUACCUGAGUUGGCAGUGUCACUCUAAGACCUGCGGGGAUUUUGCCUUCAUCACAUCCUCCAGCCUGAUCGCAACAGCUGGACAGUCCAAUGAUAACAGAAAUGUUUGCUUGUGGGACACUCUGAUUUCGCCCGGCAACACUAUAGUCCACGCGUUCCCCUGCCAUGAGAACGGGGCCACCGUGCUGGAGUACGCUCAGAAACAGCAGCUGCUCAUCACCGGGGGCAGGAAAGGCUUCGUGUGCGUGUUUGACAUCCGCCAGAGGCAGCUGCUGCACACCUUCCAGGCCCACGACUCGGCCAUCAAGGCCCUCGCCCUGGACCCCUUCGAGGACUUCUUCGUCACCGGCUCUGCAGAGGGCAACAUAAAGGUCUGGAAGUUAGCGGGCCACGGGCUCAUGCACUCUUUCAGCAACGAACACGCCAAGCAGUCCAUCUUCCGCAACAUCGGCGCCGGCGUCAUGAAGGUGGAGACGCGUCCGGGGAACCGCAUCUUCACCUGCGGAGCGGACGGCACCCUGAAGAUGAGGGUUCUCCCCGACCGCUACAACAUCGCCAGCAGCAUUGUCGACAUCCUGUGAAUGCCUGCUUCCACGUGUGAGAGGGAAAAAAAAACGACGAGCGGAAGAAAAGACGAAGGCCUGUCUAUCAGCCUUCAGGGAAUAAGUCUGGACAGAGUUUCGUCAACAGAACGCCACGCUUCUGGCACCCUUUUGAGUGUGCAAGUGUUCAUGGGUUUGCUGCUAAACGUAGAUUUUAUUCAGAAAGGCAAAACAAGAGCUGCAAACGUUUCCUUUUCUUUGUCCCAAAGGCUGAAAAACAAACCUAACAAGCAAACGGUAUCAUACUUGAUUUUAAAGCUAGAUUUGUUGUAAUUUUAUUGAUGAAUCUCUUCUCAUAGAGUGUGUCCAUAGGGAAGCUAUGCAUGUCCUGUUCUCGUUCCGCGGUGCAAUCACAGGUCUGUUGAUAGUGCUCUGUAAAAGUGCUCAAGCAAAAAAAAAAAAAAAAAGUUUUAAAAAAAGUGUGUAACCGUCGUCAUUUUGUGCCCACUGAUGAAAUCUUUUAGCAUCUACUGUAACCAGCACUGUGGUUCGUUAUUAAGUCAGUGGUUUUUUCCAGUGUGUUUCGAGUUGUUGGAAUCUGCUUUUUGUUUCAAUGGUUUUGCCGCCCCAGCUUUUCACCCCCCCCCCCCCCCCCCCCCCCCCCCUCCUAUCCACUGAUCUCUGGCUGCCCAUCGCUCACUGUGGCCUCUCCUGGUUUGAGUUCAACCUGAUGGAAGUGUGCGCUCUCUCUCUGCUGUGUCUGCCUACCCGCCCACCCGCCUGCCUGUCAGAUGCCUGUUAGUGCGACAGCCUCGCUGCUAGAACAUUCCUCCUCCGAAGACGAUGUUUCACCCCCCCCCACACCCCACCCCACCCCCGUGACUGUAACUUCAAUGUUUCAUCUGUUGUUGUCUAACGGUAAACACCCGACCCGCCCAGAGCAGAAACACUAAGGUUCACUUCUGGGUUUUUUUGGGGGGGUUUUCUGCUCAAAAUAUCAAUUUUUGUGUUUUGUUUUUGUUUUGAGUUGAUUUUAAUAUUUAAAGUAUUUAUACGUUUGUGUUCGGUUUACCAUUCCUUUUGAAACGCUGUUUAACUUAUUGCCUUUUUUUCUUUUAGGAAUGUAAGAGCUUUUUACCGUAUCUGGUUGGAAGACAUGCAACAGUCUACUGUUUGUACGUGUGUUUACCUCGCUGGCCGGUUUUAUUUCAUCCCUGGGGAAAUAGAUAUUUGCACUCAAAUUCUGGAAGACACUAAACGUUUAUUUCAAAUAUAUAGGUUAUCAAAGAAGAAACUGUUGUAUACAAAUGAAUGUCUGGCUUUAUUUGCCCUAGUAGUAAAGCGUUUAAGAUAGUUUUACUAUAUAAAUUAUAUAAAUAUAAAUAUAUAUAUAUAUAUGAAGUACUACAACAGCUUGUACAAACAUGAUUCUUUAUUUUUUGGUUUGUAUCAUACCAUUUGGAUUAGUUGUGACUUUUGUUAAGUGUAUGUAUGGUAUUUAUUAAAGAGAUUAGUGUUCCUCCCUCUUUCUGCCCACUACAUGUGCUGUACGUGUUUUAGGAGUUUUACCAAUGGUGUUCGCUGUGUGGGGCUGUGUGUGUGUGUGUGCGUGUGUGCGUGAGUGUUUGGGUGUGCAUGCAAAGAAAGCUAAUAUCAUCGUUCGAUGUUUGCCAGGGCCCUUCAGCCUGAGGGUGUAUGUGAGAGACGGGUCAAGGUAAAGUUUUACCUUUGUAAAGUGAAUAAAUGAUUUUUAUUUCAUCAGG